AUGGCCAAUUCUGAAGACGAAGACGCCUAUCUAUAUGGCUCUGAGGACGAGCAACCGUCUGCCAAGAGACAAAAAACAACAGAGCCAGAGAAAGAGGUACCAAAGCCAGAAGAACCAAAGCCGCAAGAACUGGAGGAAGAUGAAGAUGAAGAUGAAUCUUCAGACGACGAUAUCGAGUUUGUGAUUGGUGACCUGGCGCCCAAAAUCAGCACAACCACGACUUCAUCUUCCACAGCCGCCCUCAACGACACCGUGGGCAGCACAGCAGAAACCAAAGAGGGAGAUUCAGCAAAAGGCAUUGAAGUCAGCAAAGACGAAGGUGCUUCCCUGGUGGACAUAAACAGCGUGGCAGAGCUAGACGGGAAGCCGCUAACGCAGGUGGAUCUAAACGAGCUCAAGGACAAGCCUUGGCGUAUCCCCGGUGCCGAUAUCCUGGACUACUUCAACUACGGAUUCGACGAGUUCACAUGGACGGCCUACUGCCACAAGCAAGACAAGCUACGGGGUGAAUUCAACCCUCAGAAGGUUAUGGCGAACAUGAUGGGCGGUUCCAAGGGUGGAAUGCCGAUGUUCCCAUUCCCAAUGCCCAAUAUGCCCAUGCCUCCUAAUAUGCCCAACAUGCCAAUGCCUCCGAACAUGGGCAACAUGCCGCCUAAUAUGCCCAGCGGGCAGAAACAGCAGGGUCCCAAGCAGGGCCAGAAGCGGGGUCGUGGGUUCAGGAACUCGCCCCAGCCGCCCAAGCGUUAA